AUGACCACCCCCCACGUUAUCGCCUCUUCGUCCCACCAGCAGUCUGCUACGUCAAAUGUCGUCGGAAGCCAGUAUAGAGUCGGAAAGAAAGUCGGUGAAGGGUCUUUCGGUGUAGUUUACGAAGGUUCGUGUGUACGCUUGUCCGACAAUCGACCAGUGGCCAUCAAAUUCGAACCCCGCAGAUCCGACGCUCCCCAAUUACGGGACGAAUUCCGCUCGUACCGUACUCUGAAUGGGACCCUCGGCGUUCCGCAAGUGCACCAUUUCGGACAGGAGGGACUCCACAAUGUCCUUGUCAUCGAUCUUCUUGGGCCUAACCUCGAAGACCUCUUCGACAUGUGUGGGCGCAAGUUCACCGCUAAGACUGUCUGUAUGGCGGCUAAGCAGAUGAUCUCGCGUGUUCAGUCCAUCCACGAGAAGUCUCUUAUAUACCGCGACAUCAAGCCUGACAACUUCCUGAUCGGUGUCCCGGGAACUAAGACGGCGAACAUAAUACACAUUAUAGACUUUGGCAUGGCGAAACAUUAUCGUGAUCCACGAACGAAACAGCACAUUCCUUAUAAGGAACGAAAGUCGCUGUCCGGGACAGCACGUUACAUGUCCAUCAACACUCAUUUGGGUAGAGAGCAAUCAAGACGCGAUGAUCUAGAGUCACUGGGCCAUGUCUUCAUGUAUUUUCUACGAGGUGGUUUACCAUGGCAAGGCUUGAGGGCUGCUACGAAUAAGCAAAAGUAUGAGAAAAUCGGGGAAAAGAAGCAAUCCACGCCAAUUGCCGAGCUUUGCGAAGGUUUUCCUGAGGAAUUCGCUAUCUACAUGAAUUACGUCCGAAAGCUUGGAUUCGAAGAAACUCCCGAUUACGAUUUCCUUCGGGACUUGUUCUCUAAGGUUUUGAAGACAUUGGGAGAGCCUGACGAUGGCAUCUUCGAUUGGAUGCUCUUGAAUGGCGGGAAAGGAUGGGAAGCUGGAAACUCUCCGGCAUCACACCUUGUGCAGGCUCAUGCAGAUGCCGCUUCACCCCAUCGCGACAGAGAACGAGAGCGCGAGCGGAGGCACAGGCAAUCGAAGCAGGUGCAAGACAGCGCGUCGCCUCUGGUCCUUAGCCCAGCGCAAGCCCACAUCAAAAGCAGCAGUCGUCGACCAUCUGAUCGCAAUGCUUCGGCCCGUGACAUGAGUGUACAGCCCAUACCCCCUACCAGUCGUCGGGCUAGUCAACAACGCGAUGCCUACGGAUCUGCUAAUCCCAAUGUUCAUCCAUAUGCUGCCGCACCCACCGCCACUAAUUAUCGUACGACCAACAACGCCUUCGUUCAUUCUCCUGUACCGCCGCCGGCCGGAUCGCAAGCUCUCAAUCACCCCAACGGCUCCGAAUCAUUCCUGUAUGCGCAGCAAGCUGGGAAGAACCAUUCGGACUCGCGGGACGGGACCACCACCAAUGGGACUGGAAACCUUCCCGGUGGGCCUCGUGGUAUGGGUGUCUACGAUCGCGAGCAGAUGCAACGAGUUGGCGAACACGAUGAUGACUACGGUCAUGGGCGGAAACGUGGGUUCUGGAGUAUACUAUGUUGUCGUGUGUAG